CCUUCUUCCAAGCUGUUAACUUGCAAUUCAGGCCAGUGUCUAGUUUUCAAGAGGCCAGCGAGAGCCACAAGAUCCCUUCUCAACGUCGACUUUCGCUUCGAGAUACCUUUACAAGUGCUGUACAUGCCAUAUCGCCGUUCUCUGGCAACUUGCGCCGCUCAGACGACCGACUCGGAACGCCUGCAACUUUCGUUGGCCCCCCAUGAGUCCUCGAUCCUCUCGAUAAUCGCCUUUGCUCGCAAUGUCUGACGAAGAGACCACAAGCAGGGCCACUGGGCCCGAAAUCGACAUCGCCAAGGCUGCUAUAUCAAUUGCCUCUUCAUCGACAUCCUUGCGCAUCGGGCAGCUGCAUGCUAUCAACGAAGCUUUGGCCAGCCGCAGUCUUGAACCCUCCUCGAUAUCGCAAAUAGUCCAGCUUCUGAUUGCGACGAUCCCCCUCUACACCGACCGAGAGUCGAGAUUGGCGGUGCAGACAUGUCUUGCAACGCUGGUCAACAACGGCAUUGAGCCGAAACUCUUGGGAAGCGUUGCCAAGUACAUUCGGAGUGAAGCCCAGAAGCCUGCAAUAGCUGUGUCCAACUCAUUUGUGCUCGUCGAGUGGUGCAGCCUGCUGAUGCAGAAUCUUGCUGGUACAUCAUUGUGGGAGAAUGUCGCUAAUGACAUCCUUAUCUGCAUCGCUGAUUCUUUCGAGCGUUGCGUGCGGCCAAAUUCGAAACGAAGCGUCGCAAACUCUGCUACCCUGGUCACUAGGAGAGGCUUCAGGAAACUGUUCAAAUCUGAGAGCCACCGGGAGAAGACACUGAACGAUGCCUUGUCAAUACUGGCAAGGCCGGCCAGCCACCCGAUCGCCAAAAACUCGCCUCUGCUCGGUCUCAUAGCCGGGGUCUCUGCGCGCAUUGGAGAGAUGAAGCCUCUACUCGAAUCCCACAAACCACAAUACUACGAAUUCUAUACGCGGGAGGUUGUUGGUUCCAAAGUUGCCGUCGAACGACAUGUGGCGUCGGGGUUACGGGACUUCUUCACCGAGUUCUCUACCCUUGAAGAGAUUGAGAAGCAAGUGGUUCCAACCCUAGAAAAGGGCCUGUUGCGAGCGCCUGAGAUCAUCCUCACCGGCGUUCUUAGGCCUCUUGUAGCCUCUUUGCCGAAGAGCUAUGAUCUCUCCAAGAUCCUCAAGGAAAGACUAUUGAAGCCACUCUUGUCUAGCAUCAAGUCAAGCAAUGUUCAAGUCCGCACAGGGGCAGUUGGCUCCUUCAAGGAUCUCGUUUCACGGUCGCAUGAUGAAGCCCUUCUGCAGGCCAUAGUUGAAGAGGUCCUGAAUCCUCUUAAAGGGGGAAAGCUAUCAGCUGCUGACCACCGAGUCCUGCACGCAGAGAUGUUGGAGGGCAUCACCUUACCACAGGCGUCUGCCCUUGUAGUUGCCACUGGCCUUGCUGCUGUGGCUGCGAAGGAGGGCAAUGAACCAGCUUUGAGCGCCGAAACAUCAGCUCUUGCACGAGCACUGUCACAAAUUCUGAACCAAGAAGUAGAGAUACCCAAACCGGUUUUCGAUACUUUGGCCAAGGGCUUGUCCGACAAGAAGCCGAAUUCUCGGAGGCUAUGGCUAUUGUUGGUUGCCAACAUACUUGAGUCAGGGUCAAGCAAUGGCUUUACCGCCGGGCAGCUAAAGUUUGCCGAGGCGGUCGUACCUAAGCUCGUCGACAACUUUGAGGAUGUGGCAGGUAACCCUGUGGUUGCUGUUCAGAAUGGUAUCGCCGUUGGCGCAUUCAUCUUGACCGCUCUUGCGCCGCGUCUGCAGAAAGAUUUGUCUGCUGAGGCAUCUAAACAGCUACUUGCAAAAGUAACUGUCUCUCAAGAGGGCCUGUCAUCUGGGGGGAAACAAGGAUUUCUACUCAACCAUCGCAUCUUCACAAAGCUAGCCGGCGAGACAGACUUGCACUGGUUUUCGUGCGCCCUUUCAAGCAUUGCUCUGUUCCUCAGCGAGCAGCAAAACAAAGACCUGCUUUUGGCGUGGGCCGAAGCUGAGAUCUUUACAAUAGCAGGCCAGGCCGUCCCGUCUCGAACACAGCAAGAAAGCGCGAGAGCCUUGGCCACUACCUACGCCAGUUCACCAGCUGUUGUUGGUACAGCUAUCAUCGACGGGCUGUGGAGUUGCGCGCUACACCCAGCAACUAAGGACAAAGACCUACGACUGGAUCCAGAUAGCUUGAAUCACGUCUUGAAGUCAAUAUGCCCCGAGCCCAGCGUGGAUGGCCCGGAUGCCGUCUCUUCUGAGGUCAACGAGUCGCAAGCUUGCUCCAUGCUGGUGAUUGCAAGGCCUGAGCUUGUGCCACGCUGCAGUUGGAUCGCCUUGUGCUUGCGCAUGGGCAUAGACCCAGGAAACCUUGUUCAGAAGCACAAGGAUCAAGUGAUGGCAGAGGUUGAGAAGUGGGCGUCCGAUGCGUCCGAGCUGGCUCGAACGGCCGCUUUCAGUGCUGCUGCUGAGCUGGCGUUUGUCGCCCCUGAUAUCAUCGUACCUCGCCUGAUCGAGCUCGUCAGCGCUGAUCUUGAUGCCUCUCAGCUAGCCGGCGUGGGGCCAAUGGAAGCCGCCAUCUUCCGCACGCCUGAGGGAACUUGCUUUGUGGACGUCCUGGCCAAAAAGUCUCAAAACACUGUGCCAAACAAGAACCAAAAGGACUACGACAUACUGAAAUGGGAAGAGGAGCUCAGAGGCCAGCUAGAGAAGAAGAAGGGCCAGCAACGAAAGCUAACAGCUGAGGAGACCAGCAAAGUCAAUGCUCAACUCAAGAAGGAGGAGGGUAUCCGAAACGCGCUUCGAGCUACAGCAUCUCGUAUCCUGCGUGGCCUGGGAAUCAUCAAGGCCCUCGCCACUGGCCCGCCUACAGAAGCAAGUUCGUGGGUUGGCGUCUCCACUCGCCUUCUUCUCAGCGUCCUCGAUGCAGGGGCUGGUCUCAUUGUGGGUGAUGUUCCCGCAGACACUUAUCUGGCUAUAGCAGACAAGACUGCCUCUCGCCUCGGAGCACUACGCCAAUCUAUUGCCCUAGCAACUCUCCGACUGCGGGAGAUUCCUCUGUCCGAGAACUUUAUCCAAGAGCCCCUCGAGGACCUGGUCACGCGAGUACUGUAUCGUCUGCGCUUCGCCGGCGAACAGAGGCCUUUUGAUGCCGUAACCCUGACGUACGCACUGCCACUUCUGUUCGAUGUUCUCCAUCGAGGUGGCACCGGGGAGGAUGCGGACGAUCGUGACGUACAGGUCGUCCUGGCCUUUGAAGUCAUCUCUUUCCAUACCAACGUCUGUGCCGAAGAUUCGGUGCCGCGCGGCGACAUCUUCACUGCGCUGAUAUCAUCAAUGGAACACUAUACGCAACAUUACAAGAUGAUCAGGGACUGCUUCACCGAUUUGGUUCGCUGUGUCGCGCCUAAUAUCACACACGACGAGGUGAAGAUCCUGGUCAAGGGCACUAUUGUCCCGCAAAGCGCAGUUCGCACGACAGUGCUACAGUCGAUCAGUGCCGAGGUUGAUGUGAGCGAUUUUGGCUACUCGGACGAGCUGUGGCUAGCGUGCCAUGAUGACGAAGAAGAGAACCAAGAACUGGGCCGCGAAAUCUGGGCAGAGUGCGAUGUGGAGGUCGACGGAGACGUGUCAACCAAGAUGCUGCCUUACCUGCAGUCCAAGGACCACCAACUCCGACGUGCUGCUGCGAGGUCCAUUGCGGAGGCAACAUCUCUGCACCCUGGUACCCUGGACACCCUUCUCUCCAAACUCAAGUCAAUGUAUCAGGAAUUGGCGGAACCCAAGAAACAGGAGCUCGAUGAGUUUGGAAUGCCCAAGAAAAUGGACUUGGCCGAUCCUUGGGAGGCUAGGCAGGGAGUUGCUACUGCUUUCAAGGAGCUCGCUCCAUUAUUGACCGCCACGCAACUCAGCACCCUCUUUGACUUCAUGAUCAGCAACGGUCCCCUUGGCGAUAGGGAUGCCAAGGUACGAUCUGAGAUGCUGGAAGCAGCCAUUCGUGCCAUUGAGCUCCACGGCAAGUCGUCCGUCGACGAGCUCAUGGCCAAGUUCGAAUCUACCCUCGAGGGCACAGACAAGGCGAGCCACGAAGGUGAUCUCGUGAACGAGGCCGUGAUCAUCAUGUAUGGUGCACUCGCCCGACAUUUGGCCGCGGGUGACUCCAAGAUACCCGUUGUCAUCGAACGCCUCCUCGCAACUCUGAGUACCCCCUCAGAGACAGUCCAGUCUGCCAUUGCUGAUUGCCUGCCUCCACUUGUCAGGGCUUGUUCAGACAAGUCUGGGAAAUACUUUGAGCAGAUUGUCGACCAACUUCUGAAUUCCAAGAAGUACGCAACGCAGCGAGGCGCAGCGUAUGGUUUGGCUGGUCUGGUGCAAGGGCGCGGCAUCGCAUCAUUGCGCGAGUACCGGGUCCUCUCUACAUUCAAAAGUGCCCUAGAGAACAAGAAAGAUGCUCAUCAGAGAGAGGCUUCUUUUCUUGCUUUCGAACUGCUGGCGACUAUUCUUGGAAGACUCUUCGAGCCUUACGUUAUCCAGAUUGUGCCCCAACUUCUGGCAGGGUUUGGCGACGCCAAUGGUGACGUCCGGGACGCAUGUCUGGCUGCUGCCAAGGCUUGCUUCGGGAAUCUCAGUUCAUAUGGUGUGAAGCAGAUUAUGCCAACGCUCUUGAAUGGGUUGGAUGAGGACCAGUGGCGUAGCAAACGCGGUGCUUGCGAGCUCCUUGGUGCCAUGGCUUACCUGGAUCCACAACAGCUUGCCAACAGCCUGCCUGACAUUAUUCCACCUCUGACUGGUGUGCUGAAUGACAGUCACAAGGAGGUCAGAUCGGCGGCUAACCGAAGUUUGAAGAGAUUUGGCGAAGUGAUCAGCAACCCUGAGAUCAAAGGUCUUGUUGACAUUCUUCUCAAGGCUCUCAGUGAUCCUACCAAGUACACUGAUGAGGCUCUUGAUUCCCUCAUCAAGGUUCAGUUUGUGCAUUACCUAGACGCGCCCUCCCUCGCUCUAGUUACACGCAUUCUUCAACGUGGUCUUGGAGAUCGCUCAAACACCAAACGCAAGGCUUCACAAGUCAUUGGCAGUCUGGCUCAUCUCACUGAGAAGAAGGACAUUGUGGCACACUUGCCUGUGCUCGUGGCGGGUCUGAAGCUUGCGGCAGUUGAUCCAGUCCCCACUACUCGCGCCACGGCAUCAAGGGCUCUUGGAUCCCUCAUGGAGAAACUGGGCGAGGAUGCCUUGCCGGACCUCAUUCCUGGCCUUAUGCAGACACUGAAGUCCGACACUGGCGCUGGUGACCGACUUGGCUCGGCUCAGGCGCUCAGUGAGGUGCUUGCUGGUUUGGGCACGACAAGGUUAGAGGAGACUCUGCCCACAGUUCUACAGAAUGUGGAGUCAUCCAAACCUGCUGUUCGCGAAGGCUUCAUGUCUUUGUUCAUCUUCCUUCCCGUCUGCUUUGGCAACAGCUUCUCGAACUAUUUGGGUCGCAUUGUGCCUCCCAUUCUCGCCGGAUUGGCAGAUGACGUCGAGUCAAUUCGAGAGACUGCCCUACGCGCGGGUCGCCUGCUUGUGAAGAACUUCGCUGUGCGAGCUGUGGACUUGCUGCUUCCCGAGCUCGAGCGCGGUCUUGCGGACGACAGCUACAGAAUCCGACUCAGCUCCGUUGAGCUCGUGGGAGACCUGCUGUUCAACCUCACCGGCAUCAGAGCUGACGCCGAGCAAGACGAGGAUGAUGAAGACAUCAAGGAAGCCAGCGCGUCCCUCAAGGAGGUUCUUGGAGAAGAAAAGCGCAACAAGAUCCUCUCGGCCCUGUAUGUCUGCCGCUGUGACACUGCUGGAUCCGUCCGCGCUGCUGCUUUGGCUGUCUGGAAGGUGUUGGUACACAGCCCCCGAACGCUCAAGGAGCUGGUGCCAACUCUCACGCAACUCCUCAUCCGUCGUCUGGGCAGUUCGAACAUGGAGCAUCGUGUCAUCGCCAGCAACGCACUUGGCGAGCUCAUUCGCAAGGCUGGCGAUGGCGUUCUCUCAAGCUUGUUGCCAACUUUGGAGAAGGGCCUGCAAACAUCAACCGAUACAGAUGCCAAGCAAGGUAUCUGUCUCGCCCUCAAGGAGCUUAUUUCAUCGGCAACACCCGAAUCGUUGGAAGAGCAUGAGAAGACGCUUAUUUCUGUGGUGCGAACCGCCCUCACAGACUCUGACGAUGAAGUCAGGGAGGCAGCUGCAGAGGCUUUCGACUCCCUGCAGAGCAUUUUCCAGAAGCGCGCUGUCGACCAAGUCUUGCCUUACCUUCUCACAUUGCUGAGAUCGGAAGAGCAAGCGGACAAUGCUCUAUCCGCUCUCUUGACGUUGCUGACGGAGACUACGCGGUCCAACAUUAUUAUUCCCAUCCUCAUUCCAGAUCUGGUCAAACCGCCCAUCUCCGCAUUCAACGCCAAGGCGAUUGCUUCCCUAUCCAAGGUCGCCGGCGCCGCCAUGAACCGUCGCCUCCCCAAUAUCAUCAAUUCCUUGUUGGACAAUGAAGUUUCAACUACCGAGGAGAAAUUGCGCGAUGAUCUCGAGAACUCCCUCGACACCGUUAUUCAGCACAUUGACGAAUAUGACGGCCUGAACAUCAUCAUGAGCGUCUUGCUCCAGUCUCUCAAGCACGAUGAUCAUCGCAAGAGAGCAGCCACAGCUCGUCAUUUUGGCAGCUUCUUCCGAUCCGCCAGUGUCGACUACUCUCGAUACAAUCAGGACAUUGUCCGAUCUUUGCUCAACUCGUUCGACGACGGUGAUCUCGAUGUCGUCAAGGCGGCUUGGGCAGCCUUGUCGGAAUUCACCAAGAAGCUUCGCAAAGAAGAGAUGGAGUCUCUGGUUAUUUCAACACGCCAAACGCUUCAGCGCGUUGGAGUCUCUGGCUCUAAUCUCAAGGGUUUCGAGCUGCCAAAGGGCAUCAAUGCCAUCCUGCCCAUCUUCUUGCAAGGUUUGAUGAAUGGUACGCCGGAACAAAGAGUACAAGCUGCGCUAGGUAUUUCGGAUCUUGUGGAUCGCACCAGCGAGGCUUCUCUCAAGCCCUUCGUCACGCAGAUCACCGGCCCCUUGAUUCGUGUCGUUUCGGAGCGCUCCGUAGAGGUCAAGUCUGCCAUUUUGUUGACGCUCACCAAUCUGUUGGAGAAGAUGCCAGCUGCCUUGAAGCCCUUCUUGCCUCAACUUCAGCGCACCUUUGCAAAGUCUCUUGCUGAUACGUCGAGCGAGACACUGCGCUCGCGCGCUGCAAGGGCCCUUGGCACCCUGAUCAAGUACACCCCUCGUAUUGAUCCUCUCAUUGCCGAGCUUGUUACUGGAUGCAAGACCUCGGACUUGGGAGUCAAGACUGCCAUGCUCAAGGCCUUGUAUGAAGUCAUUAGCAAGGCUGGAGCCAACAUGGGCGAAUCGUCCAGGUCAGCAGUGCUUUCUCUCAUCGACCUAGAGACAGAUGAGCGCGACGAGACCAUGACCAUGACAAAUGCUAAGCUACUUGGUGCACUUAUGAAGAAUGUGCCAGAGGAUGCUGCGCAGAAUCUUCUGCGGAACAGGGUGCUCGCAACGCAACCUACCAAUGCUUCAGUCCUCGCCCUGAAUGCGGUGCUGGUAGAGUCACCAGACGCGCUCCUGAAGAGCUCCAUGGCGGAAGAGUUGCCGGAACUACUGAGCCAAGGAAUGGCUCAUAAGACACCCUUCAUCGCCAACAACUUCAUCCUCGCCACCGGCAAGCUCCUGCUCUCGUCACCGCCGAGCUACGAGCUUUCCAAGGGUUUGUUCAGCACGUUGGCAUCGGUUAUUGAGCCUGGCAACGCUACAGACUCCCGGCGGCUGGCGCUUGUCGUGACAAGGACUGUCAGCCGGGCGGAUACGGACUUGGUACGACCGCACCUGCCUAUUCUCGCACCCCCAAUCUUUGCGAGUGUCAGGGAUCCUGUGAUCCCAGUCAAAUUGUCCGCUGAAGCUGCUUUCGUGGAGCUUUUCAGCGUCGCUGAUGAGGAAAGCCGUGUGUUUGAUAAGUACAUGGCUGGACCCGGUGCAGAACAACCGCCAAACACGAAGAGGAGCAUGGGUGACUACUUCAAACGAGUUGCUCUGAGGCUUGGAACCCAAGCACGGGAGAGGAGAGAGGCCGAGGGUGGCCAAGGUGGUCUUGGCCUCUCCAACGAUGAGCAGGAAGACGAAAAGGAGAUUUGGAGUGUCGGGAAGGUUGAUCUGGGCGAAGAUAACUUCGACUAGCUCAUAUCUCAAUGAGUUACUGUGAUCAUAUUCGUACAGAAUACACAUGUGCACCACAUCAAAGUGACAUUGCUGUUUUGCGCAGGGCUCAGUGGCUGCCGGACGUCUCGACUGCAGUGACAAGCGCCCAACUCAUUAUCAUCGGGCACACGGAUUGAGACAACAUGGACACUAGAACUCUGCGACCUCAGCAAGCCAUUGACCAGUGCUUGGGAUCAAUUCGUACAGACCUGGAUUUGCAGGGUCCAAUGUCCAACACGC